CCAAAUUGGAUUUGUUGUGGGGCCUGGAAAUAGCUCCGCUGGUCUCCGCCGGGGGAGAAAAAAACUGGAUCUGUGAGUCCAUCCCGGCGAUGCUGCCCGACGGAUCUCCCUCCCGGCGGCGGUCCUGAGGGGGCCAUGGGGCAGGCGCAGAGCGGCGCGGACGCGGAGGUAACCCUCCAGAACAUCCAGGAUCUCUACCGAAAGUACGCGGCCGAGUGCCCGAGCGGAAACCUGCACCUGCACGAGUUCAAGAGGAUCUUCGGAGUGAGCAGCAGCUCGUCGGAGGAGGAGCUGGCCUACCUGGGGAUAGUUUUCCACUCCUUUGACACCAACAAGGAUGGUAAAAUAGACUUCAUGGAAUUUGUGGCGGCCGUGAACUUGAUUCUUCGUGGCAAACUCGAGGACAAAUUGAAAUGGUCUUUUAAGGUUUAUGACCGAGAUGGAAACGGCUCUCUGACCAGGCAGGAAGUUCGACACAUCAUCAAAAUUAUCAACAAGAUAAAGAAGCACGAGGACCCGGACCUCACAGGAGAUGUCGACAACAUCUGUGAGAGGAUUUUCGAGCUGGUCGACAAGAAUCACGAUGAUCAGAUUUCUUUAGAGGAAUUCCUUGAGGGCGCGGAAAAGGACCCGUGGGUGAUGGAACAGCUCAAGCUUGACAUCGAGCCGGCCGACUGGUUCAUAAACCAGAUGAAGAAGAACCCCUGAGUGAUGUCUGACCUCCCGGACUCCAGACCUCCCCCCCCCCCAUCGUCCUCCGCCUUAACACAGAUACUGGCCCAUUCCUGAGACUGAAGGAUGCCCCCAAAUGACAAGGCUGAACAUCGGCUUCUGCUUUGGGCCCCGAGACCUCCUCCCACCUAUCAAAAGCGUAACACCGGAACCCAAAUGCACGACUCCAGGCAAGGAUAUCCAAAAAUCACAUUGGUUUGAUCGGAAAAUGGUCUGUACUUGGGAAGCCAUGAAUAAUCAGGCAGAGUGGUCAAAAGAUUUCAGGCAAAGGUCAGGAUCACAAGGCAAGACAAGACGAGAACAAAGCUUGAACGACUGACAAAAAGACGAGUACGAACUCGCAACGAACAAGAGACAGACUGGAGAAUAUCUACACAAGACAUGGAAGGAAACAAUGAGACUCAGGUGGAGGUGAUUAGGGAGGAGUCAGGAAAUCAGAAGGAAGGACUACAAAAAAAACAAGAAACGGAACAAUGACAUGAAAACCCAUGACACCACCAGCCGACCCCUCAAAUAGGCUUUCAACCAGCUGUUGGACUCCGGUACGUUAUCCACUUCCCAGAAGAAACCCGGGAGAAGGCUUCGAAAGGUGGCUGCCCUUUACAGUGGUGACAUUUUUAAGAAAGAAUCAGAGAAUUUGGCUUUGAUAACAACAUUUAGAGCGAUUUCUGCUUUCCUCUUAAAAGUGUUUUCCAGUUAAUCUGAGUUGUGUGUAAUACCUUUGCUCUUUAUGUGCCCAUUUAUGUGCUCUGGUGAGACAGUGGAGGGAGUUUGUUUGGCACAGGGUGAACACUCUGUCCAAAACGAUGUGUCUAAAGGGCUAAAAAGGGCCGUCUGGUCAGAGCAGCCCCCCCUACUCUAGUCUUGUCCAGUGGAGAGGUAUCAGAAAGAAUCACGGGCCAGGUUUCAUGGGGGCUUUGUGGCUGAUAGGGCGAAAAUCAGCCAAACCAGGGAUCAGUGGAGGGCAGCCAUCGCUUUUCCUUCUGUUUCUGAACCAUUUCUGCCUUUUUUUUUUUUUUUUUUUUUAACUGUUUUUUACAGCAAAGCAACAAAGGUUCAAGAAAGGUUUUAGGUCACUUAAAUUCUAAGUUCCCCCAAAAGUUUCCAGAUCUCAGUCCAGUUGAGGAGAAAGAUCUUUUGGAUUAAGCCGAAUCUAGCACAAUUAAAUGCUUUAAACCAAUUUUUUUAAUGGUAACAUGGAAAAAAAGAGGGCUGAUUCUCUGAUUCUUAUCGUCAUGAAAAGAUACAGAUCAGUUUAACCCAUAGGAGUUACCAGAAACCAGCCUUCACUAGUCUGGAUUUAGUCACUUUUACCUCAGCACGUGUAGCUAAAGGAUGGGACAACACUCAGAAAGCUUUCUGAAUAGAUAGAACAGUGAACUCCACCGGCCUGAUUUCAAACAUUUCAGAAGCCAAAUCUCAAACACUGGCAGCUUGCCUUUUUUUUUUCUUCUUGUGGUUGUGUGUUUUAACUCAGAAAUAUGUUUAUGCAUUUAGCAGACGC